AUGUGGCGAACGGCAUCCAAAUUCUUCGCUAAUCCUGCUAUCAUUCCUCACAUUGUGGAGGAAUUUGAGCAAAUAAAACGAGAGCCACAAAUAGCCAAAGCUCAGUCCAAGUUUCCACCAAAACAAGGUUGGAACCAGACGGAACGUCUACGCUAUUUACACUCAACAACAAUCCCAUUUUACGACGUCUGCGCUGCCCAUCAGACGUGGCCACCAACCAUGGGCUCGAAUGACAACAAAUCACAAGAGAUGGGUUUGAAAUUGACAAUGCCUGCACCUGAGCUCGCUCAGGAAGGUCUGGAGGCAACAACCCGCUCGAAUUCUACCACCCUAUUAACGGUUGACCUUGUGAAGGACAACCCCUGUGAACACAAAUUCUCCAUGUUGUACAGCAUAUUUGUCUUGUUUCUUUCUCUGGAAAAGAUACAGCAGACCGAUUUUCUUGGUCUACCCUUCCAAAUCCCCACCAACAGAGUGGGAGCGCCAAUCUGCCCAUUGACAGAUGACUUGAGAGAAUUGCAUUCAAUUCUUUCCUUGGAAAAGGUACCCACAAAAUUCCUCUGUAUCCCAGGAGAAAUCCUUGCAUCUUGUUUGUACUUCCUCACCAACAGUGGGAGCGCCGAUUUGUCCCCUGACAUGAUCGACUAG